GAUCCAAGCAUCCUUAGAAUUCUCUGCUAUUGCAAGUUUCAACAUUGCAGAGAAAAUGAAGCUUCUUUUCGUUGCUGUACUUCUGAUUUCGUUCCUGAGCUUCGUAUCUCCAGGCUUUGCCACACCCCAUCCUGGUCACAACGAUGGCCUCAGGCAUCGCUAUUACCACAAGACGUGCCCGCAGGCCGAGGAAAUCAUUAGGAAAAUGAUGGAUGAAUUCAUAAAAAUAGACUCUGAUAUAGCUCCCCACUUGGUCAGAAUGCACUUCCAUGACUGCUUCAUCAGGGGCUGUGAUGGAUCUAUUCUCUUGAAUUCAACAUCGACAAGUAAAGCAGAGAAAGACGCGUCUAUAAACAAACCUAGUCUCGGGGGAUUUGGUAAAAUAGAGAAGAUGAAGGCAGCCUUGGAGGCCGCGUGCCCGAACACAGUCUCAUGUGCCGACCUCCUCGCAUAUGCAACCAGGGAAGCCGUCCAUAAGGCUGGUAACUUCCCACGGUACAAAGUUCGUGGAGGAAGGAAGGACGGCAGAGUCUCUUGUGCUAAUGAAACCGAAUCAAAUCUUCCACGGUCUUCCGUCGACCUGAAAGCUAUUGCUCGGUUCUUUAGAGCCAAGAACCUCAGGCUUAAGGAUGCAGUUACCCUCCUUGGUGCGCACUCCUUUGGCGACGCCCACUGCUCAGUUAUUGGGGGAAGAUACGAGAAGAAUUUCAACCACACAGGGAAACCAGACCCCACACUGAACCCUGCUCUUGCAGCAAAGCUCAGAAAGGCCUGCGCAGUGAGUUCCGACCCAACUGUCUCCCAGGACAGCAUCACACCCGACGUCUUGGACAACAAGUACUACGUGGGUCUUCUGCAGCACAAGGGGCUCUUCACCGCCGAUGCAGCGCUUCUCACCAGCAAGAAAACCAGGCGUCUGGUUCGUCUUUACGCAGCGAAACCCGCAACCUGGAAGAAGAAGUUCGCAAAGGCCAUGAUCAAGCUGGGAGAAGUGCAGGUGAAAUAUGGGGAAGAGGGAGAGAUAAGAAAGAGGUGUGACGUCGUCAAUUAGGAGGCAUAUUGUUGUUCUCUUGCUGCUUGUAAUUUCUUUUUCAAGCUGAGAUCAGAUGUUGCUGAUAGCAAUGGUGCUGAAUGCUCGGAUAUAUAAAAAUGUGUGUGUGUGGCUGUGUCGAUCAAUUAUUGGCAUUGUAGAACUGGAAUCUAUCGAAU